AGGCGAGGUGAAUGUACAGCAUCAUGAUGGAGACGGACUUACAUUCCCCCGUGGUGUCCCAGACCAACCCCUCCAACCCGGGGGGACACACGGGAGGAGGAGGUGGGGGCACCGGUAACAAAGUCCCCCAGGAGAGAGUCAAGAGACCCAUGAACGCCUUCAUGGUGUGGUCCCGGGGCCAGCGGCGGAAAAUGGCACAGGAAAACCCCAAGAUGCACAACUCGGAGAUUAGCAAGCGGCUGGGCGCAGAGUGGAAGGUGAUGACCGAGGCGGAAAAGAGACCGUUCAUCGACGAGGCAAAGCGGCUGCGGGCCAUGCACAUGAAGGAGCACCCGGACUACAAGUACCGGCCGCGGAGGAAGACCAAGACGCUGCUGAAGAAGGACAAGUACUCUCUGGCCGGCGGCCUUCUCGGCUCCUCCGCGGGCGUCGGCGUGGGGAUGGGCGGCGGGCAGCGGCUCGAUAGUCCCGGAGGGGGCCACGCAGGAGCGAACGCCGCCGGCUACGCCACGCACGUAAACGGAUGGGCAAACGGCACAUACUCGGGCCAGGUGGCUGCAGCCGCGGCCGCUGCGCACGCGAUGAUGCAGGAGGCUCAGCUGGCGUACACGCAGCACCCGGGCGCCGGAGCUCACCCGCACCACCCGCAUUCGCACCACCACCCGCAUCACCACCCGCACAACCCGCAGCCCGUGCACCGGUACGACAUGACCACCUUACCGUACAGCCCCAUCUCGAACUCUCAGAGCUACAUGAGCGCCUCCCCGCCGGGCUACGGCGGGAUCACCGGCUACACUCACCAGCACCAAAGCUCCGGUGUAUCUCCGGUGUCCGGGGCGAUCGGAGGCACUUUGGGGUCCCUCGUGAAAUCUGAGCCUAAUGUGAGCCCUCCGGUUUCCACCGCGCGCGCGCCACCGCCGCCGUGCCCUACCGGGGACCUGCGGGACAUGAUCAGCAUGUACCUACCGACCGGAGAAGCGGCGGGGGACUCGUCCGUUCAGAGCAGACUCCACGUGCUCCACCCGCAGCACUAUCAGAGCAGCGGGUCCACUCCGGUAAACGGGACGGUUCCUCUGACUCAUAUUUAG